UGGGGGUUGGGGGGAGUCAACUCCCACUGCUUCCAAUCAGCGUAGAUAGGAGGGUAGGUUUGUCAAACCUCUCCCCAGCCUGAGAUGGUGUUAGCCCGUCUCCUCCCCAGUCCUCGGGAAUGGGGUGGAGAGUGGCAUAGAAGCCCCCUCCCCGCCCCCGGGCCAACCUGCCUCCCGCUAGCCGGCCGGCGCCUUACCGAGUCAGACCACUGGGAGGCUGGGGGAGCCGGGUUGGGCGAGGAGGCGAGCGAGAUGGGGGAGCUCUUAUUUUGACAGGGGCCUCUCCGGGCUCUGGUAUGAAGGCAGAAGGAGGCAGCCAGAGAGCCCCGAUGCUUAUUCAGGCUGGGGAGCGGAGCCGAGUGGAGGGGCGAGCGAGGCUCCGGCAGCGCAGGGGAGCCCGGGGAGGCGGCGGCGAACGGCGGAGCCAGUGGCCGGACAUGCCCCGGACUCGGGGCCGCUGCACCACCGCCGCUGCCCGGAGCCAGCCGGCCGGACGCCCGCACGCCUGGGUCCCCCGGCGCCGCGCCGCCCGGGGACUGCUACCCGGACCCUCGGCGUCCGACCAACAAUAAGCGCCCAGACAGCCCCCUCCCAGCCCCGCGCCCGCCGUCCCCGCGGGCCUCGGGAAAAGUGAAAGGAGGAGACGAAGGAAGGAAGGAAGGAAGGAAGGGAGGAGGAGCAGGAGCCGGAGCCGUGAGGUUCGGGGCUGAGACCCCAGCCCUGAGCCCCGGGCCGGGCGGGUGUGCGCGCUCUCCCGCCGCUGCCCGGCGCCCAAGACCAUGCUCCGCGGUUGGAAAGCAGGAACCCAGGCGCCCAGCGACCCCCGGAUACCCACUCCCGGGCCGGGCUGGUAUUGAGAUCAAGGCGUCCAGGAUCAAAAGAUCACCACCUGCCCGCCCUCCUCCGCACCUCCAACUGGCGAGCAGGAGGACCCCAAUCCACCCACCGACCCUGACCUGGUCAUGGCGUCCAACUCCGGCCUGGCGUGAGGACCCCCGACCCGCGCGAGGGAGCCCCAGCCCAGAUCACACCCUUGAGCCUGAGCCCGACAAGCAUUAUCCUGAGUCCCUGCUCCAGUACCGAGUACCUGGCUGGGCCCUGGGCACGCACAGGGGCCGUAGCCCCACUGUGUGUGGGAACCAUGAGGAUCCUGGCUAACAAGACAAGGUUACCCCACCCUAGGAGGAGAGAAGCUCCAGGGAGCCCGCCGCUGUCCCCCCGCGGCCACUGCCCCCCUGCCCCAGCCAAGCCAAUGCACCCAGAAAAUAAGUUGACCAAUCAUGGCAAGACAGGGAAUGGCGGGGCCCAAUCCCAGCACCAGAAUGUGAACCAAGGACCCACCUGCAACCUGGGCUCGAAGGGCGUGGGGGCGGGGAACCAUGGGGCCAAGGCCAACCAGAUCUCACCUAGCAACUCAAGUCUGAAGAACCCCCAAGCAGGGGUGCCCCCUUUCAGCUCGCUCAAGGGCAAAGUGAAGAGGGAGCGGAGCGUGUCUGUGGACUCCGGAGAGCAGCGAGAGGCUGGGACACCGUCCCUGGAUUCGGAGGCCAAAGAAGUGGCACCCCGGAGUAAGCGGCGUUGUGUGCUGGAGCGGAAGCAGCCGUACAGUGGGGACGAAUGGUGCUCAGGACCGGACAGCGAGGAGGAUGACAAGCCCAUUGGGGCCACCCACAAUUGUAAUGUAGCAGACCCAGCCAUGGCGGCCCCACAGCUGGGUCCUGGCCAAGCCGCCCAGCUGCCCCUCAGCGAGAGCAGCGCACCAGGCCCCCCGCAUGGGCCCCCGCCAGGCCUCCGGCCCGACGCCCCCGGGGGUGGAGGCGGGGGCGUCCCGGGAAAGCCUCCCUCACAGUUUGUGUAUGUCUUCACCACCCACCUGGCCAACACGGCUGCGGAGGCAGUGCUGCAGGGCCGGGCCGACUCCAUCCUCGCCUACCACCAGCAGAACGUGCCCCGUGCCAAGCUGGACCAGGCCCCCAAAGUGCCACCCACCCCAGAACCGCUACCCCUGAGCACACCAUCAACAGGCACCCCUCAGUCCCAGCCUCCUCCACUGCCGCCACCGCCACCCCCAGCCCCAGGCAGCGCCCCCCCUGCUCUGCCUUCUGAGGGGCCUCCUGAGGACACCAAUCAGGACCUGACACCCAACUCGGUGGGAGCUGCCAGCACGGGUGGUGGCACUGGGGGUACCCACCCUAAUACCCCUACAGCUUCCACCGCCAACAACCCGCUGCCUCCUGGAGGAGACCCCAGCAGUGCUCCCGGCCCUGCCCUGCUUGGGGAGGCCGCCACCGGCAAUGGGCAGCGGAGCCUGGUGGGCUCAGAGGGCCUGUCCAAGGAGCAGCUGGAGCAUCGGGAGCGUUCCCUCCAGACGCUUCGAGACAUUGAACGGCUGCUGCUCCGCAGCGGGGAGACUGAGCCCUUCCUCAAGGGGCCCCCCGGAGGAGCAGGCGAGGGGGGACCCCCAGCACAAGCCCCUCCCGCCCCCCAGCAGCCACCCGCGGCCCCGGCCAGCGGGCUGAAGAAGUACGAGGAGCCCUUGCAGUCCAUGAUUUCGCAGACACAGAGCCUCGGGGGCCCUCCGCUGGAGCAUGAAGUGCCUGGACACCCCCCGGGUGGGGACAUGGGGCAGCAGAUGAACAUGAUGAUGCAGAGGCUGGGCCAGGACAGCUUGACACCUGAGCAGGUGGCUUGGCGCAAGCUGCAGGAAGAGUACUACGAGGAGAAACGGCGGAAGGAGGAGCAGAUCGGGCUGCAUGGGGGCCGCCCACUGCAGGACAUGAUGGGCAUGGGGGGCAUGAUGGUGAGGGGACCACCGCCUCCCUACCACAGCAAGCCUGGCGAUCAGUGGCCCCCCGGGAUGGGAGCCCAGCUGCGGGGGCCCAUGGAUGUCCAAGAUCCCAUGCAGCUCCGGGGUGGGCCACCCUUCCCCGGUCCCCGUUUCCCAGGCAACCAAAUGCAACGGGUGCCUGGGUUUGGGGGCAUGCAGGGUAUGCCCAUGGAGGUGCCCAUGAAUGCCAUGCAGAGGCCUGUGAGGCCGGGUAUGGGCUGGACUGAAGACUUGCCCCCUAUGGGGGGGCCUGGCAAUUUUGCCCAGAACGCGGUGCCCUACCCAGGCGGGCAGGGUGAAGCCGAGCGAUUUAUGACCCCUCGGGUUCGUGAGGAGCUGCUGCGACACCAGCUGCUGGAGAAGCGGUCGAUGGGCAUGCAGCGCCCCCUGGGCAUGGCCGGCAGCGGCAUGGGGCAGGGCAUGGAGGUGGAACGGAUGAUGCAGGCGCACCGGCAGAUGGAUCCGGCCAUGUUCCCCGGGCAGAUAGCUGGCGGCGAGGGCCUGGCGGGCACUCCCAUGGGCAUGGAGUUUGGUGGAGGUCGGGGCCUCCUGAGUCCCCCCAUGGGGCAGUCUGGGCUGAGGGAGGUGGACCCACCCAUGGGGCCAGGCAACCUCAACAUGAACAUGAACGUGAACAUGAACAUGAACAUGAACCUGAACGUGCAGAUGACCCCACAGCAGCAGAUGCUGAUGUCGCAGAAGAUGCGGGGCCCCGGGGACAUGAUGGGGCCGCAGGGCCUCAGUCCCGAGGAGAUGGCCCGGGUGCGGGCCCAGAACAGCAGCGGCAUGAUGGGCGGCCCGCAGAAGAUGCUUAUGCCCUCGCAGUUUCCCAGCCAGGGCCAGCAGGGAUUCUCUGGGGGCCAGGGACCCUACCAAGCCAUGCCCCAGGAAAUGGGCAAUACUCAAGACAUGUUCAGCCCCGACCAGAGCUCAAUGCCCAUGGCAAACGUGGGUACCACCCGGCUCAGCCACAUGCCCCUGCCUCCUGCAUCCAAUCCUCCCGGCUCUGUGCAUUCAGCCCCAAACCGGGGGCUGGGCAGACGGCCUUCAGACCUCACCAUCAGUAUUAAUCAGAUGGGCUCACCGGGCAUGGGGCAUCUGAAGUCGCCCACCCUUAGCCAGGUACACUCACCCCUGGUCACCUCGCCCUCCGCCAACCUCAAGUCACCCCAGACUCCCUCACAGAUGGUGCCCUUGCCUUCGGCCAACCCGCCAGGACCUCUCAAGUCACCCCAGGUCCUCAGCUCCUCUCUCAGCGUCCGUUCGCCCACCGGCUCGCCCAGCAGGCUCAAGUCUCCCUCCAUGGCGGUGCCUUCUCCAGGCUGGGUCGCCUCGCCCAAGACAGCCAUGCCCAGCCCUGGAGUCCCCCAGAACAAGCAGCCGCCUCUGAACAUGAACUCUUCCAGCACCCUGGGCAACAUGGAGCAGAGUGCCCUCCCGCCUAGCGGCCCCCGGAGCAACUCCUCAGCGCCUCCCGCCAACCCUCCCAGCGGCCUCAUGAACCCCAGCCUGCCAUUCACUUCCUCCCCAGACCCCACGCCUUCCCAGAACCCCCUGUCACUGAUGAUGUCCCAGAUGUCCAAGUACGCCAUGCCCAGCUCCACCCCGCUCUACCACAAUGCCAUCAAGACCAUCGCCACCUCAGACGACGAGCUGCUGCCCGACCGGCCCCUGCUCCCCCCGCCACCACCACCACCGCAGGGCUCUGGGCCAGGGAUCAGCAAUAACCAGCCCACCCAGAUGCACCUGAACUCAGCUGCUGCCCAGAGCCCCAUGGGCAUGAACCUGCCAGGCCAGCAGCCCCUGUCCCAUGACCCCCCACCUACCAUGUUGCCCUCCCCCACCCCUCUGGGCUCCAACAUUCCACUGCACCCCAAUGCACAGGGGACAGGAGGGCCCCCUCAGAACUCGAUGAUGAUGGCUCCAGGGGGCCCAGACUCCCUGAAUGCCCCCUGCGGCCCUGUGCCCAACUCCUCCCAGAUGCUGCCCUUUCCCCCUCGGCUGCAGCAGCCCCACGGUGCCAUGGCCCCUAGUGGGGGCGGGGGCGGGGGACCCGGCCUGCAGCAGCACUACCCUUCAGGCAUGGCCCUGCCCCCAGAGGACCUGCCCAGCCAGCCGCCAGGCCCCCUGCCCCCCCAGCAGCACCUGAUGGGCAAAAGCAUGGCCGGCCGCAUGGGUGACGCGUACCCCCCGGGCGUGCUCCCCGGGGUGGCGUCAGUGCUGAACGACCCUGAGCUGAGCGAGGUGAUCCGGCCCACCCCGACGGGGAUCCCCGAGUUCGACUUGUCCAGGAUCAUCCCCUCGGAGAAGCCAAGCAGCACCCUCCAGUACUUCCCCAAGAGCGAGAACCAGCCCCCCAAGGCCCAGCCCCCCAAUCUGCAUCUCAUGAACCUGCAGAACAUGAUGGCGGAGCAGACCCCCUCCCGGCCCCCCAACCUCCCGGGCCAGCAGGGCGUCCAGCGGGGGCUCAACAUGUCCAUGUGCCACCCCGGACAGAUGUCCUUGCUGGGCAGGACAGGUGUGCCCUCACAGCAGGGCAUGGUGCCCCAUGGCCUGCACCAGGGGGUCAUGGCCCCUCCACAAGGCCUCAUGACCCAGCAGAAUUUCAUGCUGAUGAAGCAGCGGGGCGUGGGCGGUGAGGUCUACAGCCAGCCCCCCCACAUGCUCCCCCCGCAGGGCUCUCUCAUGGGCCCCCCGCCCCAGCAGAACCUCAUGGUGUCCCACCCGCUGCGGCAGCGCAGUGUGUCUCUGGACAGCCAGAUGGGCUACCUCCCGGCGCCGGGCGGCAUGGCCAACCUGCCCUUCUAGCAGUCCCCGUGGGGGGGGCUGGAGCUGGGGCGAUACUGCAAAUAGGAUAACCUUAAGAAAGUUUCUUCCCCUUCGGUGUUGGGAUGGCCUGGGUCAAGG